AUGCCUCCUAUGCCUGGUCAAAAUGGAACAGGAAAGAAGAGUCGAAAUCCGCGUCAAUCUCGCAGUCGAAAUACGACACCUAGUCUAGUUGAUGCAUCGAGCUCUGUUGCGCCUCCCGAUAUCGGGAGAACUCCCUAUACCCAGAUUCCAAUCAGUAUCCUUCGGACCUCUGUAGCAGAUGAGAUUGCCGAGCAACAUGCUUCCACGAUCCCUAACUCAAGAGAGCUCGAGGCUCUCAUGCAACGUAUGGAAAGACUGGCCGCCAGCGUAGAUGAACGAGCUGCUGUAUGUGACAAAGGGAUGCGUCUUUUGGCACAAUCAAGAAAGGAGAGGAACGAGGAACUCGAGAUCGAAAAGCGGGACGAAGAACUCAAAGAGAGAAUGAAAAGAGACCUGGCAGAAGAAGAGGAACGGGGGAGACGUAAGGCACAUAAGAACAAAAAGAGGAAGGACGUCAGCAGUGCUAGAGAAGAAAGGCCAUUGACUCAUGGUGCCCAUGGUUUGGCACCACAGGAUGGAUCUAAUAUUGAGGUUGCCGUUCCGAGCCGAGAUUAUACACAUAAACAUCAUAGGAAAAUCUCAAAAGAGAGAGAUAAUGAUUCUGUAAGCUCAUCGCUUUCACCACCCGCGCCAGCAACACCAUCUGCAAGUAUGAAUAUCGAUGCAAAACAAAACGGCGCCGUCGAGGAUGAAUCUAGCUCCGAUGAACAUCAACCUCCUCCCGCGGUCAAGAUUCCCAAUUAUCAGACUUUUGGGGCGGAUCCCUCCACCUUCCCGGAUCCAACGAUCUACGAAAUUACAAGAAUAAAACCUGGGGACCCCAAAAUGAAUGAGGAAGAAAAGAAAAGGGUUUACUCCGUGGCAGCUUACCCAAAAAAUGAUCUUCACGAUCUUAUUCCAGGAACACCGCCAGACAAAGAUUUCAGCAACGCAAAGCCUACAAACCAAGUACAAGCUAAUACCUUUGCGACAUAUCUUGAACCAUAUUUCCGACCAUUUACGGAAGAAGAUCUUGCCUUUCUCCGUGAACGUGGAGAUCGCGCGAAUCCCUUCAUUAUUCCCAGACGUGGAAAGAAGCACUAUACUGAAGUUUGGGCCGAGGAGGAUGGUGCUAUGUCAGUCGAUACACCACAUCAAGGACGAGAUAAAUUACCUCCAAACCAAGCCCGUGGGAGCAUUGAUGAUAUUGAUGACGCCAUAGCAGAGACGGAUCAGAUUUCUGCUGGUCCAAUGCUGUCGAGGUUGUUGGCUACUUUAAGGCCGGAGCAUCGAGCGCCCUCUUCCGAGGAUAGACCUAUUACGAACGGUAUAAGUAACGGCGAAGGUAGUUUCAGUGGUGAAAUGAAUGGCGACAUAGGGGAACUAAGUCAACACAGCGACUCAUCUCCAUUACCUCCUGCAACUUGCAUGCCUGAUUCAUCGUCCGAAUCAUGGAAGAAGGCCAGUCAUCCAAAGCUCGAUCACGCUCAAGUAGAUGAAAGGAUCAAACAAGAGCUUCGUCACAUUGGAUUCCUCCUACCUGACACUGAACCCGAUUAUGAUGCUCAUUAUGAUGAUGAGAUAGCCGCACGUUUGCGUUUCCUCCAAACCAAACUUAAAGAACAAUCAAUCAUCAAUGGUGCACGUAAAGCUCGAUUGCAGGAGAUUACGAAGGAGCGUAUGGCUCAUCAAGAAUACCAAACCAUCCUCGAAGAUCUCGACGGCCAGGUAAAUGCUGCUUAUACCAAACGGUCCCGCACGAUAGGAAAAACCAAGAAGAAUAAGAAAGCUGGAGGUGCUGGUGGUGGUAAUCAAGCUGCCAAUGGCACUGCUGGUACAGCAAGACCAGGUCUUGGCGACUUGACUAAAACUUUGAUGGAAAAACGGCAAAAAUGGAUCAAAAAUAUCGGGGCUGUAUUUGAUGAUGAACGAAAUUUGGGUAAAGUACCCCGUGCAAAAGAUGAGGGCAGCGCGAUCUUCAAGCCUGAAAUUAUGGGGGACUUCAUCCGGAGGGAAAAGGAUGGGUGGGAUGAAGAUGUAGAAGAAGAAUAA